AUGACUUUGGUUAUCUUCAAUGCCCGGCCUCAGGAGGGUUUCCAACCCCCAGCUAGAGAGCAAAGGCCGCCGCCCUCUUAUCUACACCAUACCUCCAUACGCUCACGUCAGUUGACGUUGCCAUUGGGGGCUGUGUCGUCUCAUAGUAGCACUACUGAGGGCAUCAUCGCCAAACGCUAUGUGUCUAGGAAGCCCUGGGCUGGGAUAUUAGCUUUAAUUUACUUAUCCUGGAUUGCCUUGCAUGGUUAUGCGGCGUGGACGGCUGUGACGUGUCCGAAUAAAGACUUUCAUCAGUUCGUCUGGCCCCUAGCACUCAUCCCUACCCUCCCCUGUGCCUACUUUACGAUCCAAUUGGGAUGUGUUAGGAGUUACUCGAAGGCUCUGUCGGCAGCCUUGGGCCUCUACCCGCUUUUUUUGGGUCUGAAGUCUUUAUCUCGGUGUAAGGAUACUCCCAAAUUCGAGGAGGUCCAAGCCAUACAAGCAGCAAUAGGGAUAAUGCCGAGUCUAGCACUGUUCGCCAGCAUCCUUGUUGCUGUAGAGACGCCUUAUGCCAAUAUACGGGACAGUGGAUUCCGAUACUAUUCUUUGCCGGGCCCGUUAGGCUCGUGGUCGGCUGAAUGGAUGCAGUAUCGAGUUGAUCCGCAACUUGUACUCGAUGAGGAGCCUCUAAGGAAGGUGUCGAUAUGGGGUAUUAUCCUCACCGGUAUCUUUAUGGGUCUGCUGCUCACCCGCUCGCAAUCGGACAAAUCCGUCGUCCCUGAGUCUUUGGUAAUGCAGCUGAUAUCUCUACUGCGCUCUCAUUCUCAAGGGCUCGGUCUCAAUCUGGCGGUGGAGUAUUGUUGUGGGGAGUGCUUGGACCAUGAAGCCUCCGGCAAAUGGGCAGCUUGGAGGACUUGUGAUGCAUCGAGGUUCAAGAAAUCUGAUCUGACCGACCAUGAGAAGGCCAUCCAGAAUGGCAAGCAUAAGUUCAAGCAGCUCCCUGUACACGUAGCCUUCAAGCAGAUCAUUGCAAAAAAUGAGGCUACUGAGGCUAGUCGCAUGGCCGAAGAACUCCUCCUUGUUAAUCCCUUGGCCGACCUAGCACUCACUUUGGCUAUCGAAGAGGUCGCGCUCCUCAAAUCCGAAGCUUUCUUACAAUGGGCUGAGAAACAUGGGCUCAAGGUCACCAAGCACUGGCGCUCUGUUAAUUAUGGUUGGCAGUUCAUCCAAGCGGCACAUUCCAUACAGUUGGCGGAUAUUAAGGUCUGGCUUAGUGGCCAUAAAUUUGGCAUAAUAGUAGACGAAUCAACCGAUAUCUCGGUCACCAAACAAAUCAUUCUCUACAUCAAAUCGAGGGGUCAGACACGAUAUGUCGGUCUCCGAGAUAUGCACGGUGAUGGAUCAGGUGAAGCCAUAAAGAAUGCUGCUGUGGGCUUGCUAGAAGCUUUACAGUUGCCGAAGGAGGAUCUUAUCUCGGUCACAUCGGAUGGGCAUCAGCUAUGGGUAAACCUCACCACGGGCGACGUAUUCGACGCCAAGACCUGUACAGAUGGUGAUGUCCUACGUAUAGCAGCAGACGUGGAAGCUUGCUUACUCGCACAAUUACCCCGCACGUUUUACCAACGUGCGGAUGCUGCGCUAGGCGACUUGAUCGACGACAUGGAGUCUGAUGAUGCCAGAAAAUUCGCCGUGUUCAUGCGCAAGCGCUUGCGCGCACGCAUCCCAGCCAUGUCAACCGCCCAAGAGGCACAGGUACACGACUUCAGGCUCUUGAAUCCGGAUUCUGAGGCUGCUGGUAACCCUCUGGUUGGUAGCGUUUUUUCGAAAAAGCUGAUCACCAGGGCCGCGCAUAGUCACUGGUCUAUCCAUUCGAGGCACUAUGGCUGCUCCGAGGAGGAUUUCGUCACAGCAUUCAAGAAGACCAACCGUCGUCUCUCUAGGCAGGCCCAUGUGAGAAGGAUUUAUAAUGAGCGGCUCCUUGAUAUAGAGCUCAAAGAGAAGCCUGACGACAGGCAGCUGAAGAUCUACAGACUGGUAUUGGAAAUCGAGUCCUCCGUGGCGGUUGACUCCUGUGAAGCUGAACGUGUGUUCAGCGCUUUGCAGCGCAUCCGCUCAAAAACUAGAAAUAGACUGCAGGGUGUCAACCUCGAUGCCGCUAUGUCGCUAUCCAUAAACGCGACCCCUGCCUGCGAGGAGGUGGUGAAAGUGUGGUCAACAAUCAAGCCUCGUCGUAAGAAGGUAGCUGCUAAAAGGGCCACCAAAAGGGAUAGGGACGGUAUACCAGUCGCUAGCUCCUCGGAUGAGGAAGACUUCGUGUACGACGAUGUACUUUUCGAAGGGAACACCGACGAGGAAUGUUGGCGAGCUGUGAAUGCCUUCGAUGCCGAGGAGUGGGAAGCCUCAUCUUCUCUGUUGGGAUUCCUGUCGCAAUUAUGGGGUUGGGAAAACGUCCUCUUUCUGGCGAUUUGUUAUAUUACGGAUCCGAGCAACACUCUGGUAGUGCUGUGUUGUCUUGGUGGCCUCAUCUUGGAGCGAGUGUUGAGGGAGUGCCUCGAUUUGUCUGUUAAAGGCGAUAACAUCAGCCGUCAUCAGCAAGAGGAAGUUCGUAUAGACAAUCCUACUCUCAAUCAAGCGUUGUUGUCUGCGUGA